CGACAAGAAGACAAUAGAAAAUUCUAAAAUUAAAUAUCAAUUGGACUUUUAAUACAUGGUUACUCGUUUUCAGUGCCGUCUCUUGGCCAUGGCUACCUUGGCAUUUGCCAUGGGUCCAUAGGUCUGUAAAAAAAUUUAGUGUUAUUUUAAAAGUCCAUUUUAAUCUGUUAAUUUAUGAUAAAAGCCCAAAAAUUAAGUAAACCUAAUUAAGUAAACUAAUUUAUAAAACAACAAAAAGUUUGUAUUCUCACCUUUACAAUUUUUCCGUUGACAAAAGAAAAAAAAACUCUAGAACCGAAGCGGUGACCAUUAGGCGUUAACAACACAAAUCAAAAACCAAAAAUCAUAUUCUAUUCAUCGAUCUGUUAGUGGAAUCCCUUUCCAUAGAGUUCUAAAAUUUUCUUUGGUGGGUCUCGUUAAGUGUUUUGGCAGAUCAAAUCCAGGUGACUUUGUUCUUUUAUUUUAAGAAGAGAUGGUGUGUGGAAAUGAUCAAAGAAAAAAAAGAAAACGUGAUGAACAAUUUGUAGAAUCUCAAAGAGGAGCUUUAGAUAAAUUUAUUAAGAAAAAAAGCACAAAUAGUGAGAGUUCUAGAGCAGAAACUAAUGUUGAAUCUCAUGAAAAAGAGUCAAAUCCCUCUAUUGAGAAUAUUGACACUGAUGAGCCACCAAUUCUUCCUUUUGAUAUCUAUGAUCCUAGAAUUUGGAAUAAUCUUGAUAGUAAAACAAAAGAUUUGUUGAUUGAAAAAGAACCAAAAAGAGACAUGAAUCUUGAAUUUCCUAUUGAUGAAAAAACAAAAAGACAUUUUGCAUAUAGGCAUUAUUUUAGAAAGUUGUGUAAUGGGGAGACAGUUGAUAGAAAAUGGUUAAUUUACUCAAAGCAUGUUGAUAAAGUUUAUUGUUUCUGUUGUAAGUUGUUUAAAUCUCAUGGAAACAUAAAUUUAUUAGCAAAUGAAGGAUUAAGAGAUUGGAAACGUAUUGGUGAUAGACUAAAAGGUCAUGAAAAAAGUGAGGAGCAUAUGGCUAAUAUGAGAACUUGGAAUGAAUUCAAAGUUAGAUUGCAAAGUAAUUUGACAAUCGAUAAAGAAUUUCAACAAGAGAUUGCAAAAGAAAAAGAACAUUGGAGACAAGUUUUAUAUAGAAUAAUUGUUGUUGUGAAAUGUCUUUCGAAAAGAAAUUUAGCGUUUCGAGGAUCAAAUGGGAAACUUUACCAAGAUAGUAAUGGUAAUUUUCUAGGAAUGAUUGAGAUGAUUGCUGAAUUUGAUGUGAUUAUGCAGGAUCAUAUAAGACGCAUCCAAACUCAUGAGGUACAUCACCACUAUCUUGGUCAUAACAUUCAAAACGAGCUAAUUUCUCUUCUCGCAUAUAAGGUCAGAUUUUCUAUCACAAGUGUUAUUAAAGAAGCAAAAUAUUUUUCUGUUAUCCUUGAUUGUACACCAGGCGUGAGUCAUCAAGAGCAAAUGAGUAUAAUUGUACGAUGUGUGAAUACGUCAAAUAAAAAUAUUAGAAUAGAAGAGUAUUUCUUAGAGUUUCUUAAGGUAGAUGAUACAUCGGGACUAGGCCUCUUUAAUGAAUUACAAAGUGCUCUUAAGUCUCUUGAUCUUGAUAUUAAAAAUGUAAGGGGACAAGGUUAUGAUAAUGGUUCUAAUAUGAAAGGAAAACACCAAGGAGUUCAAAAACGAUUGCUUGAAAUUAAUUCAAAAGCAUUGUUUAUGCCAUGUGCUUGUCAUAGCUUGAAUCUUGUUGUUAGUGACAUGGCACAUUCUUGCGUGAAAGCUGUUUCUUUUUUUGGGAUUGUGCAACGCAUAUACACUAUAUUUUCGAGCUCUACAAAAAGAUGGAAUGUUUUACUUAAGCAUAUUUCAUGUUUCACGGUAAAAAGUUUGUCUAAUACUAGAUGGGAGAGUCGAAUAAAAAGUGUAAAAGCUAUAAGAUAUCAAGCUCCUCAAAUAAGAUCAGCUUUGCUAGAGCUAUAUGAUUUGUGCGAUGAUGCUAUUUCGAAAAGUGAAACUGAAAGUUUGGUUGAUGCACUUGAGAAUUUUGAGUUUUUGCUUGGUAUUGUCAUUUGGCAUGACAUUUUAUUUGCUAUUAGCAUGGUAAGUAAGAAAUUGCAAGACAAAACCAUAUGUAUUGAUAAUGCCAUGAAACAAGUAGCAGGCGUGAUGUCUUAUUUUGAGAAAUAUAGAAAUGAUGGAUUUAGCUCUAGUAUUAACAUGGCUAAAGAUCUUGCUCAUGAGAUGGAUAUUGAUGCUAUAUUCCCCAAAAAACGUCGAUGUUUUAGAAAAAAGCAGUUUGAUGAAGCUAAUCAUGAAGAAGUAAUUCAAACAUCUGAAGAUGAAUUUAAAGUCAACUAUUUUCUUGUUGUUGUGGAUAUGGCAAUUACUUCUUUGAAUGAUAGAUUUGAGCAAAUGAGAACAUUUGAAAAUGUUUUUGGUUUUUUAUAUAAUUCGGUGAAGCUUAAGUCACUUGAUGUUAUUGAAUUAAAAAAAAACUGCACCAAUUUUUAUAAAACAUUCUCUCAUGAUGAUUUAUCAGAUGUUGAUUUGGAUGAUUUUUUCUCUGAGUUAAGAAUGUUGCAGGUGAGUUUAUCUGAUGAAGCAAUGACACCGAUUCAGGUUCUUGAGUUGGUAAAAGAUAUGGGUUGUUAUCCAAAUGUUGAUAUUGCUUACCAGACUUUACUAACAACACCUGUAACAGUUGCAUCAGCUGAAAGAAGUUUCUCUAUAAGCUAAAAUUGUUGAAAAAUUAUUUGAGAUCAUCAAUGUCUCAAGAAAGGUUGAACGGUUUAUCUAUUUUAUGCAUUGAAAAAGAAAUUUUGGAGAGUCUGAAUUUUGAAUUAAUUAUAAAUGAUUUUGCAUCAACUAAAACUAGAAAAAAACGUUUCAUGUGAUUGUUUUUCUUUUCGUUCAAGUUAAAGAAAAUG